AUGUCAGAAUCUACUUCGACUUCAUCUCAGCAUAAGAGUACUCCUUAUCAGCAUGUGAAAGAAGAUAAAAAAUGCAAACUGCUCGACAUUAGUGGAGAGAAUAGGGUCGUCGCUGAAGGGCGCUGGUCUUCGAACAACCCUGAGCAGCUUGUGCAUUUUGUACCUUUGGGACAUAAUGCGGUCCGCGUGUGGGUGGAUGUGGUGAAGGUCAAUGACACAGCUGUUUGGAAGCCAACUUCAGCAAUAGAGGGCAUGGAGGAUGCUAUUGGAACGACAAUAGCAUGGCCAGAAGACAAAGUUGUGAUCUUUUGA